AUGUGUUUAAAUAAAUUUAAAUACUCAUAAUAGUAAGAUGCUCAUGAAUUCUUAUUAUAUCUCUUAUCUGAAAUUUAACAAGAAUUAGUAGGAAAGAAUAAAUAUUAAAAAGAAGAAUUUCAAAAUGCUUUAGAAGCUUGGGAUGUUUAUAGAAGUAGAAAUCCUGAUAUAAUAACUGAUUUAUUUGCUGGUUAGAUAGCAAGUAAAUCACAUUGUCUAAAAUGUAAAGAAAUUAGUGAGGGCUUUGAUCCAAUUUUAGAUUUGAAUCUUCCUCUAUCAAAAUAUUAUAUACCCAGAGAAUUUAAAUUAUAAGAUUGUCUUUAGAACUAUUUUAAAGAAGAGUAAAUCAAUGAUGCUUGGAAAUGUGAUAAAUGCUAAUUUGUUAAUAAAUCUGUUCUUAGAAAGAUAUAAAUCACUUAGACUCCAAAAUAUCUUAUUCUACAUCUUAAACGCUUUACUUAAUUCCCUAAAAGCUAAAAGAUUACUGAUGAAGUAACUUAUCCAGAAAUUCUCGAUAUUAAAUAGUAUAUUAUUAAAUUAAUCUUUAGGUUUUGUGCUGAAAAUGUUGAAUACACAAAAUAUACUUUGAAGGGUGUUAUCUCACAUAUGGGAUAGUUAAAUGGAGGACAUUAUGUAGCAUAUGCAUAAAGGUAAAAUACUUGGUAUCAUUUUGAUGACAAUAUUGUAACUAAAGAUAAAAAUAAUCAACAUCUCUCAGACAAGGGUGCAUAUAUAAUUUUUUAUGAAUAACUAUGA